CUGACCUCCCUCGGUUUUCAGUUUUCUGUAUAGGCAGAGAUAGAGAGAGAGACGAGUAGCAAAGAUGAAAACCGACUCGCUUCUUCUUCCUCUUCUUCUCAUGGUUGCCUUCCUUUUCUUCUUCAAUGGAACGUCUGGCAACGCUGUUGGUAGGAGGUCGCUUAUCCCGGGGGGUUGGCAACCUAUAAAAGAUGUGCGGGACGCACAUGUGAAAGAGAUCGCCCAGUUCGCCGUCACCGAGCACAACAAGGAGGCGAAGACUAAUCUCAAGUUCCAGAAGGUGAUCCGGGGGGAGUCCCAAGUUGUGGCCGGCACCAAUUAUCGCCUUAUACUGGCGGCAAAGGAUGGGCGUGCUAGCAGCAAGUACGAAGCCGUCGUGUGGGAGAAGCCUUGGGAGAGUUUUAGGAACCUCACAUCUUUCAAACGUGUCUGAGAUCCUACCAUGUUCUUGGUGAGUAGGGUAGACUUAAUAAGCGGCUAAGUGUCUAUGUUGUGUUGUUGUACAAUAUCCGCAUUGCAGAAAUUGGACGAUUUCUCAGAUCUAGUUUGGGUUUUAUGAUAUUUUGUUAUUAGAUAUUUAUAUUGUCUUAAUAUGUUUUUUUGCUACUUGGUAAUGCCAAACGGGUCUUCUGUA